GAAUAUGGCAGAUGAGACGGACGGUGCGACCGGCGCUGGUGCGUCGGGAGCUACAGAUAACGCCCCCGCACAUGAGUUGAAGCCUGCUGCUGCUACAACUUCUGAUAAUAUGAUGGGUCCAGCACCAGGAGUUGUUGAAAGUAACAUUCACGAGCCAGCUGCGGAGGAACGAGACGAAGCAACGACAGCUGCUCAGGAGGAGGACGGGAAUUUGUGUACAACUACAACUCUUAAGUCUGAUGAUGAAGAGCAAAAAGAACAUGGCCCUCGUUCUACUCAAAAGUGCUCUCCAUCCGAUGUUGAGGAAGAGAUCAAUGUAGCCGACGUUGUACUAGAGGCAAAGCAAGAAGAAGUUGAGGAGAACAAAAAAGUAGAACAUCAAGAUGAUGAAACUGCUGUUCUUACAGAAGAAAAAGAAGAGCUGCAGGACGAGGAAGAAAAACACGUAGCAGAGCACGAUGAAGAAAAGGAAACGUCAACAGAACAACAAAGUACUCUAGACCACGAUAGAAGUACUUAUAAAGAUAAGUCUAAUGAUCACGGAGGACGAGGAGAAAUGAUUUUUGUCGACGCCCAUGACGAAGCAUCUUCUUCUAGCACUGCUGCUGUGAGGACGCCGUGCAGCUCUUCUCCCGUCGCGACUUCGCCGAACCCUGACUACAGGGAAGAAAAAACCGCCCUGACUAAGGGAGGAGAAAGUGUCAACGAAAUUGGAGAAGAGUCCGAUGCUAAUUGUGAAGUAGAGGAAAGAGUCGCUGGAGAUGCGUCUUCGAGUUCGUCUGCUGGAGAGGCGAUUCUUGUCGAGGCAGAGCACCUGGAUCAGCUACCCGCCUCUGAAAAGCAGGAUCAAGCUGCCUCAAAGAAAGGACUUCAAGGAGACGAAGUAGGCGACGAGAAGAUGGUGGAUGUUGUAGGGGAAGACUCAACUACUGCUAUCUUCGAAGAGAAAAAAGUAGAGGAAGCACCUGCAACUGCGAAGGCAAUUCUCAAAUCAGAAACGGGAGAAGCAGAUGAAACUACUGCAGAGCACAAGUGCCUCGAUGAACAACCCAUAGCAAAAACAAGUUCCACGUCUUCGUCCUCCGCUACAACUACUCCUGACGGAACAAACUCAAACCGACUAGGACAAGGAACUAGCCUUGUAGUACGGCCUGUAACAGCUGCAACGGGAACUAGUUCCUCCUCGGUUCUCGUUUCUAGUUCCUCCUCAGUUCUAGACCAACAAGUUCCUCUUGCUCACAAUGGAACAACAAAUGCUGGAGGAAGCAACAUUAAGCUAGUGGAAAUGAAGGCUGUGGAGAAAUCACCGAUUGUCCUUCAGCGGAGGUCUUCGCCAAGAGUUGGCUCACCUCCGCCAGCUUCGCUCGAUCUCUUACGCAGGAUAGGGCUGCGACUGAGAAAGAACGUGGACCGAUUUGUCGCACUGUUGGAGGAUAAUUGGAUAGAAACGCUGGAAGAUUUAUUCAAUGUAACCGAUACACAGUUCCUCGAAAAUUGGAAAUUUCCCCUCAAAUUAGUGCAGAUCAUCCGCGAGGAGGAGAGGAAAGUGAACGUUUCUGCGAAGAAGCAGCCUUCGACGGACAAUCUUCAGCAUGGAGGUGGAAACAACAUCAAUAAAGGCUCGGCAGGCGAAUCCCAUGAUCCUUCUAGUACAGCAGCAGAGAUGAAUUCGCAAGGGAAGAAUGCUGUGGUGGAGCAGGCCGCCAACAAGAACACUAAAAGUGCCAACAAAACCUCUACGCUAGAAGGAUGUUAUACUUCGCAAGGCGUAGCUGCCAAGGGGAGCGAACUUGCGGCGGAGGCGCAAGCAUUGCUCCAAAAUAACCGGUCUGGAUCAUCUGAAGCAGGGAAUCACGGAGUAGACUUUCCAACUCUAUUGCAGGUGAAUCCGAAUAGGCCAGACCAGGAUGGCUCUACUCGGAGCAAAUCAGGGGGGUCGCGGAAGUCCUCCCGGUUGAAACGCAAACACUCGAACAACAGCUUGAUCUCAGUCGCAGCAGCCUCCAUGAAUAGGACCAAUGAGGGCAACGCAACACUUGGAGGUGGUCCUGCAGUAUCGUCAUCGUCUACGGCUGCUGGAGUCCAGUCUCGUGGCAACGCUGGUCAACUACAAUUACAACAGGCGUCGAGUCAACUACAAUUACAACAGGCCGCGUCGAGCGGAGCAACCUCCUCCGCAGUAGCAGCAACAACAGCGUCAAGUAGCAGUACUAGUGGAGCUGGAGGUACUACUAGUGGAGCUGCUGCCCUGCGCCUCCCGCCAGGUGUUAGGCGACGCCGGUCGCGCGAGUCCCAUUCGUUCGAAGCGUUUCCUCAGAUGGCACUUGCCUCCGACAUCCGCAGUUCGCUCUCAUCCGAGCUGCAUCCGCAGUGCGCAGACAUCAUUUCUGACCUCUCACGCUGCAUCACGGAGGAGGUAGGAAAGGACCGCAUGUGCGGGGAGGCGGUUUUAGAAUUCGUUGUGCCCAUGAGGGACAACAACAAGACGAUAACAGUCGAGAGCCAGAUUCAUGGAGGUAGUUUUUACUUUCAAAACAUACAUAUACUUAUUGCGGCUCUCGUGUGUCGCUUUCAUGGUAGCGACGGAAUGGUAGUCUCCUAACUAAUCUCACUCUAGUUCGCCUUUCACACUAUAGAUGCUGAAUGUCGUCGUGAGGUAGAUGUAAGUACUGUUGAUCAUCAUGUCCUGACGAAGUGCUGAUGUUCAUUCAUGGUCUACCUGUGUGAUUGUUCUUUAUUGAUGAUUUCCCUCUAUCUCGUAGAUGUAUCCAUUCAAAUUGAAUUUAUUGAUGUCAUAUUAGACUACUCACUCACAAAUAUUGUUUUUUCACUCAGGUUCAUCGGCUCCACCAGCGAUGAUUACUCCGAGUCACGGCAGGCGACUCCCUCUUGGCCAGGUUCAGGCAGUGGGAAGCAGUGCAGUGACGGGAAAGCUCCAGCAACAGUUGCAUCUGCCACUAUUUGGAGGGGGACCCAAUGGUGGGCCUGGGAGUCGAAUCGGAGGUCCCUACAUGAACCACAAUGGUGUAGUAGUGAAUCCGCAUCUUCAUGGUGGUGCAGCACAGCAUUACCAGAAUAUGAGUGUAGCACAACAGCAACAGCAGAUGAGGAUGCACCAGAUGGCGCAAGCGCAUGCCCAACAACUACAACAGCAUCACAUAGCUACUAGCGCUAGAGCUGUUGGCGGCACGCACGCCAUCGUGUGCGACCGAAGCAGCAUGAGCAGUUCGGGUGCUGGAAGUUCGACGAGUCGCAAGCACCGACGAGACCUGAAAAUCUGGGACGAGCGAACGCGGUCGAAAGCACGGCAGCAAGAGUUGAGGGCCUACCAAGAGCAGGAACGCAUGGAAAAACUCGAGGAGGAACGAAGAUUGCAGCUGGAAAAAGAGGCUGCGCCAAAAUUGUCGCAAAUCAAGGAAGAGGGCAGUCAGGCGAGCCUCCCAGCAAAGGAAGCAAGGCUUCAGCGCAAAAAUAGAAGACACGCACGUGGGCAAGAACAAGCAGCUGGCACAACUAGUUGUACAGGAGAAAAAGCUCCUUCUGAUGCUGACAAAGAGAAACUUGCAGGUGAGAACAGCAGCGAAGAGGGGAUGAAAAAGGAUGCCGUUGCUAGCUCACAGGACGACUACGUGGAGGAGACUGGCGCAGGAAAAAAGAAGAAGAAGACAAAAAAGGUAGCAGUUCCCGCGAAAAAGAAGGUCGGACUUUCUCAACAGAGAAAGCGCGCUGGCGCAGUAAAAAGUGCUGUUGAACAACAAGUUAAUAAGAACAAGAAGAAGAUUGCCGCAGAAGCAGAGCAAACGACGAAAAAGGGCAGCGGCACUUCUAGCGGAACUAAGAAAGCAGAGAAGAAAAAGAGCUUGCAAACUAGUAAAAUUAAGACAAAUACUUGUUCUACUCGUAAAGCUGCAACCUCAAAAACUGUUGAAGACGAGAAGAAACCGUCGAACGAAUUAGGGUUGUCAGAGGUAGACUUUGGCUGUGGGAGCGUAGACGAGGGUCAGACGGAAGUUGAAGAAGACGAGGAGGUGAAGGCUGCAAAGGAAGCUUCUCCGACGGCAGAAAAGAAUCCGGCAGAAAAUAAUCCGGCACCGAGUGAAAAUAAGGCAGACAGUACGUCUAACAGGAGCGACGCAGAUGCUAUUGCUACGGGAAGUAACGUCGAACAGCCCUCUGAAUCGUCAGCGGCAAAUGAAGACGGAGGAAGUGAAGCUGCGAUCUUCGUAGAAGAAAAAGAAGGAAAGACGAAGAAGGCUGAAGAGAAUCCAGCAUCCAAAGGGAGAAAGAAAAGUGCCUCAACUAAUACCGCUGAUACUACUUCGAAGCGAAAAAUAUCAUCGUCCAAAUCCGAAAAUAUACGCACCAUGAAAGUAGAGCAGGAUGCACCCAAGCCAAAGGACAGCCCGCUUGCAACAGCCUCUGCCGCGACUGAGAGCAGCAGCAGCGAGCAGUCGACAGCCGGGAGUUUGUACGAGAGUCCUUCAUGCGUGUCCAGCGUGACCACCAGCACAAGCCGCUCCGUCAGUGCGGCUGACAGCCUGAUCGCUGGAGCGUCUCCCUUAACUUUGCCGCAGUCUGCGUGGUCGCCCACGACAGGGGGCUCGGCUCUGGAGCUCGUUUCAAUGGCGAACUCGACGUCCAAAGGUGUCCUUGAUGGAGAAACAGACCACUUAAACGGCGAAGCCCCAAAGAGUUGCGGAGGUAACACUACCACUGCUUCAUCGUCGCACUCGUCGCACUCACAUGCUGGUGGAGGUAACACUACCACUGCCUCAUCGUCGCACUCGUCGCACUCACAUCAAAAAGGUCUAGACCGCUUGGAGGACGCUGAAGGAGGACGCCAGCGCUCUUUGUCAACAACAUCCGGGCGGGUCGUGAUGCGAAAGAAGUCCACCAGCGCGGAGCAAGUAGAAGCAAGCACCAACAAGCGGAAAAGCAAGUUGUCCUCUUCCCCAAAGUCGAAGAAGAACAACAAGAAAAAGAGCCCCAAACGGGCAAAAGCAACCAAAGUAGAGAAGGAACAUCCUCUAGGUGGAACAUCUGCAGCAGGAGUAGCAGGGGUAGCCUCUAGGACUCGGUCAGCCUCAGCUUGUUCGAGCGUAGCAAAAGGCUCUUUCAUCUCGGGCGACAACAAUAAGUCCUCGAACCAUGAUGUUGACGACAACGACAGUGAAGAAUCGUCCAUUGGUCGUUCGGAAAGGGGAGACCACCAAAGCGGUCGUGAACAACUACAAGGUAAUGCUGACUCUGAAGACGAAAACCUUGGAGGUUCGGAUCACGAGGAUCUGGUCAAAGGCGAUCAACAUAAGGACAAUAGUAGUUCUAGUUCAGCAGGAGCUAAGAAGCGUCAGCGUGCCAACUCUCUGGAUAAGCGGAAGGAGAAAAAGUUUAAGCGCGAGAAGAGUCCUAUGCGGCCUCCAACAGACGCUAGUGACGCCGAAAACGAUAGCGAAGAAGAGAAGCCAGGUACUUAGACUGCAGAUAUUUUAGUCUAUCAUGACUACGUGGAAGUGCUCAGCUGGUGUUCCUGUUUCUUUCAUUGUGAUGUGAUUAUUAGCCAUUCUGAUUCUGAUAAAUGUUUUUUUUUGUUUUGAUAAAUAAUUACACUAAAUCUACUUGCUUCCCACAAGUUGCAUGAUGCCACAAUCAAAACCUCCACAGUUGAGCCUCGGCGUCGCACGCGGAAUCAAGCGCACCAGGAACAGCUUUGGAAAAGACGACUGUUCCUUCACAACUAUGAGUAUUGGGUUCUCCAUGAAACCGAGCGAUUCGAGGAGCUAGUCGGCACGGACAUCCUUCCGUACCUGAAGUUGAAGAAUGUGAACGACAUUGUCUGUCAGGCGCCACCUACCCCCGUGGCCCCUGGCAAACAGGCUCAGGCUGGUGGAGGUGGAGAACAUUCACAAGUUCAGCCCAGCAGUAGCUCCACGUCUACAAGUACUUCGCAGCACAACAACAUCAACAACCGUUCUUCGUUCUUCACUCCGCGCCACAACAAGACCGCCUCCCAGCAGAGCGGAACCAACUUGACUGUGGCAGAUUUUAGGCAAUUGAGUUUUCGUGCGUUGAUGACGGCAGAGAGCGCGAUGUGGGGCGAACUGGAGCAACUGUUCGACGUGCGUUCUGUCCUCUACAUCCAUCUACAGCCUAUUCCCGGUCAUGCUCAGAAGCUCCAACUGGUCUUUCCAGAGAGACACUUCGAGCGCUUGCCUGACCUAGAACAGCGCGUACUGGAAGUCGACUUGCCUGAGUGCACGUACCACUAGAAUUUUUCUUGUAAUAUUAUUGUUAAAAGAGAGUCAUUAAUUAAUUUCGAUUUCACGUCAUUUUUUCGAAAUUAAUUUUCAGGUGGCCAUCACUUUAUGCACGUACCACUAGAAUUCUUGUAAUAUUGUUAAAAGAGAGUGCAGCACGUACUACUACUCUUGGCUUGUUUAUAAUAUCACAAAUAUCUUCUUGUUAAAACAGAGUCAUUAAUUAAUUUCGAUUUCACGUCAUUUUUUCGAAAUUAAUUUUCAGGUGGCCAUCACUUUAUGCGGGUGUGGACAAGGAGACCUUCGACAACUACUGGCACCGAUUCUUGAUUUGUCCGCUCUCUUUGGGCAAAAAGAACGAUAUCUGGUUGCAUUACAUCGCCAGGUGGAUACGCGAGGACCGUGCGGAGGAACAGCACUGCGCAGAAGGGCACAGUGAUAUCUCGAUUAGCAAUACCGCGAAUUAUCCUGGUCCACUCGGAACUAGUAGUUCAUCAUCGUCUUCUGGUUCCUCCUCUUCUAUGUUGAACAACAACAAUGGCGUCGUGCCGACGAAUUAUGGUGGAGGAGGGAUAGGGAAUGUUGAGCACUCUAGUACUUUGGAAAGUCGGGUAGCUGGGCAGCCCGAAGAAGCAGCUGACGCGGACGGGAUGGAUUCCUUGCAGGAACGACUAGCUCGGAUGGGACCGGGGACGCGUGAGGAGCAGGACCUAAGCUUGCAGCGCUGUUUGAUGCUGCACGCGAAGCUGUACGAAUUGCAGGCCUUAUGGUUCUACCGGACACGAAUCUUGAACUGUUUCGAAAACAACGAUCCUGGUAGAAGUAGUUCUCAAAUUCCUUCUCAUGGAGGAGGAGGCGAGCUUCAGCAGAGUCUGCAUCUGGUGUCGACGCACCAGAUGAACGGAGACAACAAGAUCACAAAGGCUAGUUCCCGGACUCAGUACCAACAGCAGUAUUCGCAGUUUGAGUACGAGCAAUGGAGAAUGACGGAUUAUACAAUCAAGAAAAAACUGCAGGCUGGAGCAGUUCGCCAAAGGGUUCGGAGUGCUCACGUCUCAUCCGGUUCGACGAUAACUUCUAUGAUGAGUUCUACUACAAAUACUGUGUCAGGACAGAUGAGUCACCAGGUUUCCUCUAGUACAACAACUGCAACAGCUGAUUCAGGAACUAGUCUGGGUGUCGUGGGUGCUGCAGGUGCAGGAGGAGGGGGUAGCAAUAUUAAUACAACCAAUAACAACACGAACACCUCUUCCUCUAUGUCUUCUAGUGCAGCUGGUGCAAAACCGGUGUCCUCUAGUGCCACAGGGCAAAGAGGAGAAGAGGGAGAUGCAGCAGAAGGAACAAGCGUCGCCACCAUGGGGAAUGACACACACACAACGUCAUCCUCUGGCGCGUCAACAACUAAAAUGGCCGUAAAGAAGAGCAGCGCAAAGAAGAAGACGUCAGAAAAUGCGUCUGCUGAAGCAAAGUCUGGCUCUGCGGCUGGUAGAAGUGCUCCAACUGUCACCGAGACAGGUGGUCAAAGCAAGCAGUCGGUUUCGGUCGAGACUACUUCUAAAAAUAGAGAGCCGACAACUUCCACAAUUACUGCAGUAGAUAGCAGUAGUAAAAAAGCUACUCCUCCUGCAACUGGAGCUGGAGGCACUAGUACGAGAACAAGCAAUAAUAAGGCUUCCAAGAGGCCGGCAUCAAAAGAGAGCAGUACGACGCGAAAAAAGUCGGCAGAUGUCGAGACAGCACUGCCACCACCGACAAAAAGCAAGAAGACCAGUAUGAAAGCGCCGGCGGGGCGUCCUCACGCCUCCUCUUCUGGCUCAAAAGAGCGCAAGCCGGAGAAGAAGACUCGCGCAGGAUCCAAGGACAGUUUCGUAGCCAAGAAAAGCAGAAGUGGGAGCAUGAACAAUGUCAAUCAAAAUAGCAAAAAGAGCAGUACAACUGGCACCAGUUCUUCCAAGAACGGCUACAAGAACACAACUACGAGUUCUACUUCGGGUUUCCCUACUACUUCUAGUUCUAGCGGCGCCCAUAAGAACUCUAGUGGCGGCAAGCAGGUUUUUUACAAGAGAAAAGUGUAUAACCUAGACGAAGUCCCCCAAGCGGAUCUGCGUCCGCGAUCUGGGAUCUGGAACUUCUUGGAUUUCACAGAAAUUUUCGGCGAAGAGGACCUUUGGACUACUGGGCUCUACGAGUACGACAACGCUUCCAUCCGAUGGUGGAAGCGGCGGCUAGGGGAGAAGCUAACCGACAUCGAUAAGUUCAAAGGCGCGCUGAAACACCACGGCGAAUACGAGAAGUUCUGCACCAAGGUAAAGCAGCUUGUCACAGUGGACAUGAAGGACAAACAAAAGUCCAUAACUCAGGUGGGGAAACUCAAAGCAAGCAAGAGUGGCAAGUAUAGUACGACACACCCACGCGGAUCGGGAUCCAUAGACAUGGAUGAAGAUCUGAGCAGUACUACUGUUAUUUUUAUUAGAAUAAAGUAAACUAACAAAAAUCGAACUUUUUCUAUGUAUUUCACCCAAAACUACAUUAACACAAAAACAAAAGUAGAAAAAUGUGAUUCAGCAGCAAACCGCCUCUCUGUCCUGUGAUCAGGAUUUUUCUCAUCUCAAGUGGAAUAUGUUUUAUUUUGACUAUCUAAGUUCCGAAAACUCCAAAUAACCGAGUUACUGACUGAAAUAAGGGAGGCACUAGCUUAUAGCAUCAAGGCUACUCUUCCUUCUCAUCAGUAUCUCGCUUAUUAUUCGGAGGAGUUACUUGCCUAUUUCAGUUUUUCGAAGUUCACAAGCUUGUUCACAACAUUCUUUCCUACGUCAUUUUUACUAGGUUUGCGCAGUGUGAUCAGCAGCAACAUGCCCUCUAUAGCUGGUAGUCGUGGCGGGAGCAAGGCGUGCAGCAGCGCGAGCAGUAGCGCCAAUACUAGUUGCGCGGCUAGUAUCGCUGGCAGCCGACCGGUCAGUCGACACGGCAGCAUGGAUCUGGGAGGUGUGCGCGCAUUGACCUCUAGUCCAGCGGGUCGACUCGAUAUCAUCGGCGGCAAAGGCGGUGGAAAAGCAGCUGCAUUCGAUGCUGCAGGACUAGCAGGUUUAGUGCUGACGGAUUUCACAGGCAAUGGAUUCCAUUCUGGAGGAGGAGGAUCAUCAGGAGUCCACGUCAAAGAAGGUGCCUCUUCAUCUAGUGGUUCGAACAAUAAGCCUGCAGCAUCUACUACGAAUAGCCUAAUAUUAUUAGAGGAAGCAGCAGAGGAGGACUCAUCUUCUCUGGACUUGUCAUCGGAUUCUGAGCCGGACGGGGAGGUGCAACGCUCUGAAAAAGGACAGAACGUUCACCCUUCCGAGCGCGCGAACUGCUCUCCUACACCUACAAGUUGCAUAUUUCUGAAAGGAGGAGGUCGUGAUAAGGGAGAAAAUAAAGGCAAGAAGAAGGGCGAAAAAAGUCUCCUCCUGGACCACGUCGUCAACAAAGGUAUGAAGAAGGGCAAGGCCUUAACGUUUGCGGAUCUUGCUAGCAUGAAGGGGAAUAGCGAUCUCUGUGCUGCCAUGAAAGGCAAGGGCCUCAAUAAAGGUGGUUCAACAUCAGCAAAAGAUGGCACGUCAGCUCUACCGCACCAUGGACAUGGUUAUCGCAAGGGUGAUGGCAAAGGUGAGCACGGGAAAGACGGCAAGGAGGGGAAAGGAGGGAUGUUCUAUGCUGGCAAAGAUCAUCCAAAGCCAAGUUCACCAUCGAGGAAGGAUAUGUGGAAUAACAGCGGCAGCGGCAAUAGUGGCACUAGCACAACUAGUGGGAUGCUGAAUAUGAAAGGCUCGCCUGUAGUCACGCCUAGCACGCCGACAACAGCUUCUGGAGGAGCAUCGUCCUCCUCGUACGGCAUCAAUUAUACUACUGUUGGGACGAGUGGAGCUGCAUUAUUCCACGGUACUAACAACAAGAACAAGGACUAUACACAGCACAACCAGCAGUAUGGAAAGUCUUCGAGCUCUACGUCUACAGGAGCAAACCCGCACCAGUCCUCAAAGUCCUCUAGCUCGUCUACUGGUACUGCCUCAACAAAGAAUUCAUCUUGGAUGAACAACUACUCCACUUCUGGUUCCGGCACCAGAUGGUACCCCGUACCACCCAAAGCUUCUCCAAAACCUAGUCCUAACCACGGACACCCUUACGGUGUGCGUGGUGUGCCUCCUAAAGCGUCGCCUAAAGGAGGCGCUAAGCCUGGAUUUGACGGCGAUUACUGGCAGAAGAGUGGAGACCCAGCAGCUGUUGCAUUUAUGAACAUAUUCGGCCAAAUGAAGGAAUAGGACGGAGGAAACAAAGGACUGAGGACGGAAAGGACUGAGGACGGAAAGCGACUGAGGAAACAAAGGACUGAGGACGGAAAGGGACUGGAUGAAGAACAAGUAUUGAUUGUAACGUUGUAGAAGUAACUAAUACCCUGCUGAAAAUAUAGCUUCUCAGAAGAACUUCUCAGAAGAACUGAACAAGUUGUGCUUGUGUAACAGUAGUAUUAUUAGUAGUAGUAACCCUGAUCCUGAAGAACCUGGCGUUGGUGAAUAAAUCACGAGAAAAUUAUGGGAAGAAGGAGAAGAAGAGCCGCCACAUGGUCGUAGGAAAAGCAUAAACUAUGUAUACAAGUAGUAUUUCGAUUUAUUUGACAUUGACUGAAGGAAAAAUUCGAAUAGGUGAAUUAGGAUUAGAAUACUUAAAUUCAAUCGUAGUACAUCAAUGAGUUAGAUGAACUGAACUAGAACUUUUUUUUUCGACUGGGAAAAAGGAUAGUUACUGAUCACAGGCUAGCGCAGGGAUGACGACAUCCCUGCGCUGCGACUGGGAAAAAGGAUAGUUACUUAUAUUUGAUAGUUAGAGACAUGAGAUGGAGUUGUACCUGGAAAACAAGAGCUCUGAAUAGACGUACUUUUUUGAUAGAACUACAACCGAACUAUUGAAUCAAUGAUUUCAUCAAGAUUUGAAAGAAGAACCCUUACGCUGCGCUUUUAUCGAAUCUUCGUUGUACAAAUAGAAUUAUGACCGCUGGCGGAAGGCGCCAGAACGCGGUUGCACGAACGGCGGCGGCGCAGCGUUUGUCGGGGAAUAUCGUCGUUUUCUGUACAUUUUCUAGCACACGACUGACACAACAUCAACAACAGAGGGGGUUGCCGGUAAGUAUGUAAAUGAAUUGCAGUAUUAUAUCAACAAAUUAAGACAGUGGUGUAGUUCCACUUCGUGCUUCUGUCCACCGUCGACGACCUCUUAACAUUACAAGGUCCGACGACAUGUACAACCGGACAACUAGGAGAUCUUAGAUUAUUAUCGAGAACCAUAAAAAUUUCGUUUGAGAACUUUUUUUUUACGAAUUAACUAGCUACGUAGAUAGAUAGUUUCUAUCUCCUACGACCGCUUUCAUACGAUUUCAGUCGAAAAGCAACAAAACACACAUCAUAAUAGUUGUUCAGUAUGUAUCAUAUCUACCAUCUGUUGUAUCCUAACUAUAAAUUGGCGCCCGCACCCCUCAACACACUUAUAUUGUUAACUACUGAAGAAAUGAUCGUACCUAGACCUACUAACAACUGGUAACCAAGAACAUUUUUACUUGCAAGAGUCCGUCGUGGAAGGUUUUCGAGCACUUUAUUAUAUCGAGCACGAGUAAAUUUACAUUAGAAGGACUCUCGAGAAGCACUAGCAGCUUUAGCGUUCUUGUCGUAACAGGGACAGCGACUUGAGCAUGUUUGUCGCGAACAAAAAGGUUACAUCAACAUCUGAAUCUGAAGCAGGAAGCAUGAUUUGGCUUUUCUGGUUUAGGGUAAAAAGAGCUUUUUUGCCCUAAACUAAAGAACAAGUAUGUCCUGUACUCGUAAUGAGGAAAAUAUGAAAAUUGUAGAGGUGGUUCCCGCGAGGAGCUGGCUUCCUUGCGACCCAAUAAAUGAUAUUGAAGCAUCCAGCACCAUAAGUAUUUCUAGACCAUGAUGAUUGAACUACCUCGUGCUUUUCCAACGUUCAU